AUGACAGAACUAAAUUUGAAAAGAGUAGGAUGGUUUCCAAAACAAGUUCAAGAAUUCAAACAAAUUUUGAAACUUUUGAAAUCCGGUUCAAUUCGUGCCGUUCGUGUCAAGACCAACGGUGAAAACACUAAAUUCAAGGUUAGAUGUGCUAAAUAUCUUUAUACUUACAUUUGUGCUGAUAAAGCCAAAGCUGAAGAACUCAAGAAGGCUAUUCCAAAGGAUAUUCAUGUCGUUGAAAUUGCUAAGAAAGCUCCAAAAGCUGAAUAA